AUGUAUUGGGGCUUAACUUAUCUGACCCUUUUCCUAACCGCCUCAUCGGCGAGAACUAUCGGGACACCUCAGCAACUUGCCGCUAGAACGACAGCAGAGUAUGCUCAAAAGCAGUCGCCAUUGGAUACCAAUUGGACAGCAGAUGUGGGAACAAACCCAUGGCCUGAAUACCCUCGUCCUCGUUUGCAGCGUGACGAGUGGCAGACUCUAAACGGUGUCUGGCAGUACCAGAGCGCUUCCAGCCUGAAUGAUGUGUACAGUCCGCCAUUCGGGCAAGACCUCGCGCAGGAGGUACUGAUCCCAUCUUGCCUUGAAAGUGGCCUCUCGGGUAUCCAAGCAACCGACGCGUAUUAUUCCUGGUUCCGGACCAACUUCACCGUUCCCGGGAACUGGUCUGGACAGGACGUGGUGCUUAAUUUCGGAGCCGUGGACUACGAAGCCACUGUCUUCGUCAACGGCAAAAACGCAUCGUUUCACCGUGGCGGCUAUUUCGAAUUCUCUGUUGACAUUUCGCCAUAUCUCGACACCUCCGGAUCCAACGAACUUCUUAUCUUUGUGCAUGAUCCCACAGAUCUCAACGGUUAUGUCAUUCCCAUCGGCAAGCAGCGCCUGGUCCCGUCGCAUAUCUUCUACACUCCCUGCAGUGGAAUCUGGCAGAGUGUGUGGCUCGAGCCCGUGCCGGCAAACUAUGUCACGCAGCUAGAUCUCACCGCUGACAUGCACGGCCAAGUCAAUGUCACUGUUCACAGCGUGUACGGAAACGGGACGGAAGUCAACAUUACUGUGAUUGACGGCAGCAAGGUAGUUGGCUCUGGCAGCGGCGUCUCAGACCAGCCCUUCCAGUUCAAUGUCUCCGAUCCCAAGCUGUGGUCUCCGAACUCCCCCACCCUGUACAACGUGACAGUCACCAUGGGAGACGAUACCUUCCAGAGCUACACCGGAUUCCGCACUGUCUCAAAGGGCACGGUGGAUGGCGUGGUUCGACCUCUCCUGAACGGAGAAUUCAUGUUCAUCUUCGGAACGCUCGACCAAGGCUACUGGCCGGAUGGACUGUACACGCCUCCAAGCCGCGAAGCGAUGGUUUAUGAUCUGCAGUUCCUCAAGGACCUUGGCUUCAACAUGGUCCGCAAGCACAUCAAAGUCGAGCCCGCACUGUGGUACCGGGCAUGUGACGAAAUGGGUCUUCUGGUCAUCCAGGACAUGCCCUCCCUUCGGCCGCUGGAGAACAUCCUGCCCGAUGACGGGCAGCAGCAGGAAUUCUCGCGUCAACUUGACCUCCUGGUCAACCAGCUCAAGAGCUAUACCAGCAUCUUUACCUGGGUCAUCUACAACGAGGGCUGGGGCCAGAUAACCAGCUACUACCCGGAGUUCGACUUGACGUCGCGCGUGCAGCAGCUUGAUCCCACCCGCCUGGUUGAUGCGACCUCCGGCUGGCACGACCACGGAGCUGGUGACUUCAGCGACAACCACCACUAUGCGAACCCCCAAUGCGGCACGCCCUUCUACUCAAUCGACUCAUCCCCAUACGACCCAAAGCGAAUCGGCAUCCAGGGCGAAUUCGGGGGCCUGGGCAACAACGUCUCAAUCGAGCAUCUCUGGAACAACCAAGACGCGAUCAACAGCAUCAACCAAACCUACGAGAUCGACACGGAUCUAGACGCCUGGAACCAUCGCAGCCACCUCCUGCUCACGGAGCUGCAGGGCCAGGUCAGUCUGUACGCAUGCAGCGUGGCAGUCUGGACCCAGACCGUGGACGUGGAGGGCGAGAUCAACGGGCUGAUGACCUAUGAUCGGCGACUCAAGCGAGUUGAUGAGGACCAGUGGAAGAAGGAUAUCAAGGGUCUGUAUGACGCGGCGUCUAACCGGACCAGCAACUCCACGUCUUCUUCUUCUUCCUCGUAGUGGAUGUGGAUUGCAUCGCGUGGAGUUCUCUGAUAUGAU